UAAGCCAUUGCUUAAACGCCCCACCCUCCCUUGUAGCAGAAGACACAGAUAGCCGAAGUCAUUUUUGAGUGGAUUUGGCGUCUACCUCUCUCUCAAUCUUAUCAUACUCAAAUUGCCGGCUUUGCUGACAUAGAAACAAUGUCUUUCACAAAUAAGGCUUUGUUUGCUUCCUUGCCCAGAACCCAGCGAGGGCAGCCACUUGUUCUAGGUGGAGAUCCCAAAGGGAAAAACUUCCUGUACACUCAUGGAAAUAGUGUGAUUAUUCGAAACAUUGAGAACCCUGAGAUUGCUGAGACUUACACUGAACAUUCUUGCCAAGUGAAUGUAGCCAAAUAUUCCCCAAGUGGGUUCUAUAUUGCGUCUGCUGAUCAAUCAGGCAAAGUCAGAAUCUGGGAUACUGUCAACAAGGAGCAUAUUUGUAAAAUUGAGCUUCAACCAUUUGCUGGUCCAAUCAAGGAUUUGGCAUGGUCUCCUGAUAAUCAACGUAUGGUUGUAGUUGGAGAGGGCAGAGAAUGCUUUGGCCAUGUCUUCUUGGUGGAUACCGGCACUUCCAACGGCACCAUUGGUGGGCCGUCCAAGCCCAUUAAUUCUUGUGAUUUUCGUCCAGCAAGGCCUUUUAAGAUUAUUGCUGGAAGUGAAGAUAACUCUGUAACUGUUUUCGAAGGUCCUCCAUUCAAGUGGAAGAUGACUAAAACAGAGCAUCAACGUUACGUCCAGUCGGUCCGCUACUCCCCGAAUGGAGAUCAUUUUGCCACUGGAGGUUUUGAUGGCAAGAUCUUCAUUUAUGACGGAAAGACAUCGGACUUGAUUGGCGAAUUAGGAAGCCCGGCCCACAGCGGAGGAGUUUACGCAGUCGCUUGGAGCCCUGAUAGUAAGAGUUUGUUGUCCGCGUCUGGCGACAAGACAUGCAAAACCUGGGACGUGGCCACAAUGAGCUUAAUUACUGAAUUUCCGAUGGGCACUGCUAUUGAGGAUCAACAAGUUUCCUGCCUAUGGCAGGGUAAACAUAUGUUGUCUGUUUCUUUGGCUGGACAUAUUUCUUACCUUGACCCGGCCAACCCAAGCAAACCUCUUCGUGUUAUUAAGGGCCACAACAAACCGAUAACUGUCAUGACAGUGAAUAAAAAUCGCGAUACAGUAUUUACCGGAUCCCACGAUGGUACUAUCACUAGUUGGGAUGUGGCUACCGGAGAGAGUCACCGCAUUGGAGGUGUCGGUCAUGGAAAUCAGAUGAAUGGCAUGGUAACCCUAGGCGAAUCUAUUUUCACCUGCGGUAUUGACAACGCCAUCAAGGAAGUCAACAUGAUGACGAAAUCAUUUACCAGCACCAACGUCAAGUUGGCGUCUCAACCUCGCGGUCUAGCCGGUGAUGGAACCACGCUCAUCGUUCCAUGUGAGAAGGAGAUUGCAGUAAUUCAGGACGGUCGUCAAGUAUCGAGUAUUAGUGUCAACUUUGAACCAUCUUGCGCUUCAAUGAACGGUCACCAUCCGGAUGUUGCUAUCGGGGGCACUACCGACCACAAGGUACACGUGUACAUCUUGCAUGACGGCAACCUCACGCCUCGCAUGGAGUUGGAUCACAGUGGCCCUAUUACCGAUUGCGCCUUCUCUCCCGACAACCAAUACCUGGCCGUUGCGGACGCCAACCGCCUCGUCACCCUCUAUCGAUUGCCCGGGUUCGAGGUUGCCAGCAAAGAAGUCUGGGGUUUCCACACUGCUAAAGUGAAUUGCGUCGCGUGGAGUCCCGACUCCACCCUGGUGGCCUCUGGAAGCUUGGACACUUCCAUUAUCGUUUGGAGCGUCGAGAAGCCGGCAAAACGCAUCAUUAUCAAAAAUGCCCACCCGCAGAGCCAGAUCACCGGCAUCGCUUGGCUGGACAACAAUACAAUCGUUUCCGUCGGUCAGGACUGCAACACCCGCUAUUGGGACAUCCGCAAUUUCCCGUGAACAAAAUAAAAAACGAAACUCGACCAAGUCAUGAUGAUGGUUGAUUGCUAUUAUGAUUAUUACCACUAUACUACUACUACUACUAAAAUUUACUCUACCUACUACUAUUUUUGCUAGUAUCCCCCGUCUCUCUAUCCGUUCGUCCAUCUUCCUCCCGAAUCAAGCAAGCACCAGGGUCUUCAAGAUUAACAAACAAGAGUGGCCUUAUUAUAUUCUUAUUCAAUUUUUUUUUCGUGCAGAUAUACCACCAGUGCUAAAUUAGAACCGUGAUCGCUUUGUAGCAUCUCACCUGCUACCGAUACUUAAAAAAAAAAGCCCCCCUCCGCUCCCCUUUGUUUUUUCAUUUGUUGGUCCCUUUAAAGGACGUCCUUAUUUUGCCUAGUUGGUUUUCGUUGGACUGAAAAUGUCUCGUCCAUGUGAAACAACAAUAGGGUUAUACGUAGCUCUUCCCCCCUCGUGUUUGUCAUUAUUCCAUUUCUUCUUCACACAAUUAUUAUUAUUAUUUAGUUUUUUAUUUUUGUGUGUUUUGCUGAUUUCUUUACUUGCCUGAGAAAAUUCAUAAAUACUAAUAUGUCAGAAGUGAA